GCAAUUUACCAGAGAGAAAAGAACCCAUCUUCAGCAAGCUCAAUCAUGGUUUCUGCCGACGAAUACAUAAAGAUUGUAAUACUUCCUUUCAUGGGUCACGGCCAUCUCAUUCCAUUUCUAGCUUUAGCAAAGGAAAUCCAUCACCAAACCGGCUUUAACGUCGCCAUUGCCAAUACUCCUCUCAACAUCCAAUACCUCCGUUCCACUCUCCGACAUGACCCCAAUCCCGGAAUCCGCUUGUUCGAGCUUCGGUUCACCAGUUCAGAUCACGGGUUGCCGCCCAACACGGAGAACACCGAGAACUUAACGUUGGAUCUUAUCAGUAAAUUAUUUUCUUCGUCUGUUUAUUUGAGAACCCCGUUUCAUAAUGCUUUGUUGGAGAUAGUUAAACAACAGGGCCGACCACCUGUCUGUGUUAUUUCCGAUGUGUUCUUCGGGUGGGCUGUUGAUGUUGCGAACAGUGUGGGAACUGUAAACAUUACGUUCUCGACUGGUGGUGGUUAUGGGACUAUGGCUUACGUUUCGUUGUGGUUGAAUCUUCCUCAUCGGAAAACAGAUUCCGAUGAGUUUAAUGUGCCUGGAUUCCCUGAAAUAUGUAAAUUUCAUGUUUCUCAACUCCAUCGGUUUUUGAGGAAUGCUGAUGGGAAUGAUCUAUGGUCCAGGUUCAUGCAGCCACAGAUUUCGGGAUCUUUGAGGUCAUUUGGGUGGUUGUGCAACACGGUGGAAGAGAUUGAACCAUUUGGAUUAGAUUUGCUGAGAAAAUACAUCAAGUCCCCUGUUUGGCCAAUUGGUCCUCUUUUGCCCAAACCAUGGGUAACUAAAUCCUUGUCGUCGAAUUGUGAUAGUUUAUAUAGACAACUUGCAGGGAAAGAGCCUGAGAUUUCACCUGAGAAGUGUCUUCAAUGGCUUGAUAUGCAUGGUCAUGACUCAGUUCUUUACAUUUCUAUUGGUUCUCAAAACACCAUUAGUCCAUCACACAUAAUGGAACUGGCAAUUGGGUUGGAAAACAGUGGGAAACCAUUCAUUUGGGUGAUUAGGCCUCCACUCGGAUUCGACUUAAAAGCGGAGUUUAGAUCCGAAUGGUUACCACAAGGGUUCGAAGAUCGAAUGAAUAAGAGUAACAAAGGGUUGUUGGUGAAAAACUGGGCAUCGCAAUUGGAGAUCUUGUCUCAUAAAUCGACCGGGGCGUUUUUAAGCCAUUGCGGAUGGAAUUCAACGUUGGAAAGCUUGAGCCAAGGUGUGAAGAUCAUAGGGUGGCUGAUGGUGGCCGAGCAGGCUUAUAACUCGAAGAUGUUGGUGGAGGAAAUGGGUGUUGCGGUGGAGUUGACGAGAGGGAUCCAGAGUUCCAUUUCGAGUGAACAUGUUAAGAAAGUGACGGAAAUGGUGAUGGAUAAAGAAGGAAAAGGAGGGGAUAUGAAGAAAAAAGCUGAAGAAAUUGCGGAACAUAUAAAGGCAGCUGUGAAAGAUGAAUUAGAUGACAAAGGGUCUUCUAUUAAAGCAUUAGAUGAUUUUGUUUCUUCCAUUAAAACAAGGAAACAAGAUCUAUAUGUUGUUUCAGCCCGCAAUGAAUUAUGAAAAACAGUCCUUUUAUGUAAAUGGAUAUCAUUGUUGUUCUCAGAGA